CCGGUGAGUGCUCAAGUCGUGUCACUGCCAGCAGAGCCAGUAGCAAGCCCAACCAUGAGGUCCCUGAUCGCCAUCGUCUUCUUCGCCCUCGUUGCCACCGCCUUUGCCGGAUACUUUGGAGGCUACGGUGGUUACGGCGGAUAUGGCGGACUGGGUGGCUACGGCGGAUACGGCGGCCACGGCGGCUAUGGUGGAUACGGUGGAUACGGCGGCUAUGGCGGCUACGGCGGCUACGGCGGCUAUGGCGGUUACGGUGGAUACGGCCACGGCUACCCGGUCGGCCGUGCGUUCGCCUACCACACGCAUAUCAAGCACGGAUACGGUGGAUACGGACUCGGUGGAUUUGGUUACGGACACGGAUACCACGGCUGAAGACACGACGCGCUGACCCUAAGUUUCGCGCUUUCUGGUCCAAAAAUUUCUUGUUUCAGAAUGUUCCUUCGCCGAAAAUAAAAUCUCAGCGAACCCAAAUUUGGACUUCGUCUGGUUUACU